AGCGCAGCAAUUAGAGCGUCUUUUAGGAGGCAGACACAGCGGUCAAUAAGUCACCACUGACUUUACUUUUAACAUUUUUCCGAUUGUUGAAGUCACCCGCUGCGCUUUUACCUGGACAGGAUGGCCAGCUCUGGACUGCAGAUCGUUGGUUUUCUCCUCUCCUUAGUUGGAGUCUCUGCUACUAUUGCCGCUACUUUCAUGGUCGAGUGGGGAAAGGAGAGUCAAGCAAAACACCGCACCUAUGACGGUCUGUGGAUGUCCUGCAGCGGCACCUCCGAGAGGGCCACCUGCGAAAAUUACAAGUAUCUACUGAAGCUCCCAAUUGAGGUCCAGGUCACUAGAGCACUGAUUCUGGUCAGCCUCUUCCUCUCCGCCAUGGCGCUGAUUGUCUCCAUACUGGGAAUGAAGUGCACUCGCUUCAUGGAUGCCAUGCCACAGAGCAAAGUCAAAGCAGCUGUCUGCGGAGGAGGGCUGUUCAUACUCGCUGGUAUCUUGACCAUCAUUGUUACCUCCUGGUACGUCAGUAGGAUGGUUGAGGUCAACGAAAAGGCACAUCGACUCCAAAAGUAAGUACAAGAGAAGAGUGACUGACUCACACAGAACACACAAACAAAGCA